AUGACUUCACGAUGGUCAUUAUUAUCUUUAUUGUUAUUCAUUUUAUUUAAUAUUAUUCAAACGAGUCCAGUUAUAGUAAGUGAUGGUAAUGAUCCAGAUAGUAUAGAUCAAUUAAUAACAACAAUCGAUGGUAACGAUAAUAAUAUUUUUGGUAAUGAUGAUGCCAAUUUAUCAUAUCAGCAAAAAGACACUACACAUCUAAUUAAAAAUAUUAUGCAAGAAACCAAUCCAAUUUUACAAAAUUUAUUAUUAAAUCAACUACGUGAAGAAUUAAAUCAUAUGUGUGUCGAAGGACAUUUUGGACCAAUGAUAACUGAAUCCUGUAAACGUAUUUUGAAUCAUCUUAAUCAACAGCCACCAUUAAUUAGAAAUAAACAACAACAUAAUUAUCAAAAUAAACAACAACAUAAUAGUGAUGACGUUUAUUCAACAGACAAUACCAGACAAUUAAAAAAACGAUUUUUUUGCAAUGGUUUCAUUGGAUGUAAAAGUGGACGCUAA